GAGCUGCGUGAGCUGCAGGGCCAGAUCAAGGACACCUCUGUGGUGGUGGAGAUGGACAACAGCCGUAACCUGGACAUGGACUCCAUUGUCGCUGAAGUGCGCGCCCAGUACGAGGACAUCGCUAACCGCAGCAGAGCUGAGGCCGAGACCUGGUACAAGCAGAAGGUAAGCCAAGUCCAGGUUUCAAGAGCAAGAUCAAAAGACAUGAACAUAGUUUACCAGAACACGUUCAUGUAAAAUAAGCAACCUUCCUCAAUCUUUACCGCCCUCCUUUUCAUUCUCUUAUAUUUCCUCCUGUCUUUUCUCAGUAUGAAGAGAUGCAGAGCUCUGCUGGACAGUAUGGUGAGGACCUCCGCUCAACCAAGACUGAGAUCGCUGAGCUGAACCGCAUGAUCGCUCGUCUCCAGAACGAGAUUGAGUCCAUCAAGGGACAGGUGAGGGUGCCAUCUCAUUACAGAACCUCCUUUGAGAUGAUUGACCAUAAAUGCCUGAUGUCCAAGCAAGAUCGUUCAUAACACUAGCAUAUUACCAUUAGCCGCUAAACAUUGCUUAAACAGUGGAUAAAGGCUAAUGCUAAUGAGCGGUUUGCUUACAAUAAAUGAAUAAAUGUUCUCUUAACACAGCGGGCCAGCCUUGAGGCUCAGAUCGCUGAGGCAGAGGAGCGCGGUGAGCUGGCAGUGAAGGACGCCAAGCUCCGAAUCAGGGACUUGGAGGAUGCUCUCCAGAGAGCCAAGCAGGACAUGGCCCGCCAGGUGCGCGAGUACCAGGAGUUGAUGAACGUCAAGCUGGCCCUGGACAUUGAGAUCGCCACUUACAGGAAGCUGCUGGAGGGAGAGGAGAGCAGGUGAGUGAAAGUGGAAGCUGGAUAGUUGAGAUGUUAGCCUCUUAGCUUAGCAUGUUAGCAAUGCUACUUAGCAUAUUUUUCAACUUUCUAUCCAAACUUCUUUAACACUGCUCUUAUCUGUUCACAGAAUAUCCUCGGGUGGUGCAUCUGCAACAAUCCACGUGCAGCAGAGCUCUGGCGGCAGUAAGUACAAUUUUGAUUUCAUUUCUCAUUGUGUCACCAUGUAAGACAUAGGUCUGCUCUUCACACUUCAGCUUUAGAACCUUUUCCGUUAUUUUAAGUAAUACACACCGAGCUUGACAUGCAUCAAUGAAACCAGAAUGUCCUCUAGCUUUACAGCAGAUUAAACAGAUCCCACUCUCUCUCUGUACCCAGACUACUCCAGCGCAGGCUCAGGUGGAUUCGGCUAUGGCGGCGGCAGCAGCAGCUUCGGCGGCAGCAGCAGCUUCGGCGGUGGCAGCAGCUACGGCGGUGGCAGCAGCAGCUACGGCAGCGGUGGUGGUGCCACAAUCACCAAGUCCGUGACAUCCACCAGCUCCAGCAGACGUUUCUAG